AUGUCAUUACUUGAUCAAGAUUAUUAUCUCUCUGCACUGCCAGAAGAUAAAAGAGCGGAACUGGUCACCUUACAACUGACAAUACCUUUGAAAAGUGGAGAUGAAGUUGUCACGAUUGAUUUCAACGAGGAUGUUGAUGUUUCUCAACUAUGCGUCCUAUUGGAAAGUGAGAACGCCAGACCAGACCUGUGGUUGAGUGCCGCUAAAGUAUUUGUGAGCAAGGGGAAUAUUGCUGGAAGCCAGGAGAUUAUUAGGAAAGCUCUACAAUCGAACGUGAUAUUAGACUCCUCCGCUAGUGUCACUUCGCUGUUUCAUAACUUUUCAUUUUGGUUAUCCUUGAUGGAGUAUGUGUCCACAAACUCUCGAGAGGACCAGUUUUUAGAGUAUGCAUCGAACUCUCUGCAAGCGUCAAACAGUUUGGACUCUGGAUUGAUCCUGAACGGAAUUGGAAAUGGUGUACUAUAUGCAAAAAGUCGUCGGUAUGACGAAGCCUUGAAAGAAUUUGAUAACUUGUUGAAAAAGAAGUCAACAAAUAUUUUAGCAAUUUUAGGAAAGGCUCAGAUCCUCUACAAGAGGCAAAAGUAUUCUCAGGCUUUGGAACUGUACCAAAAGGCAUUGACUAUUAACCCGUUGAUUGUACCGGAUCCAAGAUUGGGUAUUGGCCUAUGCUUUUGGCAUCUUAACAAUAAGCAACUAGCAGAGCAGGCCUGGCAUAAUUCCCUAAAGGUUCAUCCCCAGAACAAUUUGAAUACUAAGAUUUUAAUCUGCCUUGCCAAGUUUGACUAUUGUUUUAAUGAAUCAAAAGAUGAUGACGAAUUCACUGCUCUUUACCGAGAAUCCUUGGAAUUUCUUCACUCAUGUCUAAAAGAAGACGCUAAGCAUCCUCUUUUGCUGAUGGUUCUGGCUUCUUACUACUUUUCUAAAGAGGACUACGAGAAAGUAGAAAAACUUUGUAACUUGGUGCUGAAAGAAAAUUCAAGGAAUGCAGCUUUUGUCAGUGCAUCUCACUUCUGGUUAGCACGUGUAGCAUAUCAUAAAGAAGACUAUGUGCAAGCACAGAAACAGUUUAAGCAGGCUGAAGAUAGUCAAAAUUCAAAUACCCUUGCAAAAUUGGGUUACGCACAAUGUCUCAUUGCAAGAAAUGAAGUUGGUGAUGCUACAAUCUAUUUAGAAAAGUUUUUCAAGGAGAAUCAAGAUUCGAAAUCAAGUGAGAUGAUGUUACUAUUGGGAAUUAUAUACUCUCAAUCUGGCAAAUCAUACUACAAAGCGAUUAUAUUUUUGGAGAAAUAUGUUGCUGUUUGUCAAGAAGAAAAUUAUCCAAUACUUCCCGAAGCUUACCUCGUACUCUCCCGAGUGUAUGAGAAUAAGGAUUUGAAUGUGGCGUUAGAUUAUCUGAUGAAAGCUAAUGAUAUUCUAGGUGAUAAGGCUAAUGUUUAUGUGUUAAACAACCUUGGGAUCUAUCAUUUUUUCAGAAAUAACGUAUCUCAAUCUUCUGACUUUUUUGCACAAUCGUUAGAAGCUUUGAAUAAUGUUUCACCCCAAAAUAAAGAAGCUUUGUCUAUCACCUUACACUAUAACAAGGCAAGAGUUGAGGAGGUGUCUAACCAAUCUGAAGCAGAGAAGCUGUAUUCCAAAUUAAUGGAGAAAUGUCCAGGAUACACUAGCAAUAAAAUAAGAUACAUCUAUCUCCUGGCUUUAAAGAGUAAUGGUAAUAAUUACGCUGAUGUUCAACAAUUGCUUGAUGAUUUUCCUUCGGACCUGGAGGUUCGAUCAUUUUAUGGCUGGUUUUUAAAGAGAUACGGGCGCAAGAACGGACUUAAACAAGACCUAGAGAGUCAACAUCACAAAGACACUUUGAUCAACUAUGACAAGCAUGACUGCUAUGCGCUUUUGUCCCUGGGUAAUAUUUACGCAACAAUUGCCCGGGAGAUGAAAGUGACAGACCAAAAACAAAAUGAGAUAAAGAGACAACAAUAUCUUAGAGCAGCACAGUUCUAUCAUAAAGUUUUGAGUAUCGAUCCAAAGAAUAUAUACGCCGCUCAGGGUAUUGCCAUCAUCUUUAGUGAUAAGGAGAGAACUGGACUAGCUUUGGAGAUUUUCAAAAAAGUUAGAGAUACAGUUCAAGAUCUCGGAACUUUUAUUAACUUAGGUCACUGUUUCAUGGAAGCUAAACAAUUUGGGAAAGCUAUUGAAAGUUAUACUAUUGCGUUGGAAAAGUUCAGCAAUGGAAUGGACAGCAAAUUGCUUGUACUGAUUGGCAGGGCGUGGUACCACAGGGGAUUCUACGAGAAAUCAAUGGAUGCUUAUAAAAAGGCCUUAGAAGUCAGUGAACAGGCUUAUCAAUUGUCGAAGCUUCCAGCUCUGCGUUUCAACAUUGUGUUCAUCCAAUUCCAGAUCGCUGACUUCGUGAAGUCACUACCAAAUACCCAGCGAGAUCUCACUACUUUGGAAAAUGCUCUUUCUGGACUAAAUGACGCCAUAAAGUCUUUGCUCAAGUUGGCAGAGUUAGAGCAACCACCUUACCCUUCAGAAGAUCUAAAAGCGCGUGCUACGAUGGGUAGUAAUACCCUGAGGAAUCAAUUAGAGAGAGCUAUUCAAGAUCAGCAAGAUUAUGAAAUGUCUAUCCAAGAGAAACUUCGUACCGCUAGGAGAAAACAGCAGCUUGACGAGGAGAAGAGGCUUGAGCAAGAGCAAAGGAGGCUCGAAGAAGCCAGAAAGCGACAAGAGGCAGAGCUUAUUAAACGUCAAGAAUUGAUCAAACAAGCAGAGGAAUGGAACAAAAUGGAUAUUGACGCCGCUAAGGACAAUAAUGAUGUCUUAAGUGAAGAUGGAGGGGAAGGCGAAAAAAAGACAACCAAGAAAAGAAAAAGAAAGCAGAAAGUAAGUGAAGAUAUCGCUCCAGAUCUUGAUCGAAUAAAUGAAGAGAAUGGAAACACAGAGGAUUAUGAUCCUAUAUUGGACAAUGAAGAGGAAGAAAACUACGAUGAGAAGGACUCAGAGAAUAAAGAAAAUGGUCAAAAUGGGCAAAACGAAGAGGUGUAUCCUGAAAGUGAGGGAGAUGAUGAAGAUGAUGUAACCAAUACGAAAAGACAGAAGAGGUCUAAGGGAAUUGUUGACGAAGAAGAUUCUGAGUGA